ACGGACGGGGAGGGUGGCCGCGGGGGCGCGCACAGAGGGGCAGCCGAAGACAGUAGCUCCUUGGAGAUCCCAGGCUGGGGAGGGAGGGAGGUCUAGGAAAGGUCUCGGGCCCAUUCACUGUGCGUGCCGGGGAUGGGUUGCCUCGGCACCACACCAGCCCUCCAAAAGGGAAAUCGUGGGCCCAAGAACUGACAGCGGUCCUACCCACGCGGCCAACUGCCUCCCGACCGCGGCUCCAACGGUUUCCCGGCGCCAACGGCGCCAGCCAGGGUACUAGGGGAAGCGUGAGGGCUCAAACUCACCGGUGCGGGCUGAGGCCGGUGUGUGAGGGAGCGGGAAGGAGCGCGGAGCUGUGCGCACCCCGGGUAGUUACCGCUCCUCCGCUUCUCACCGAGCGUUCUGGAAAGUUCCGCCCGGCGCGCCGCAGCCGUCGUCUUUUGUAGCCGAACCCGGGCGCGUCACCCGCCGGAAGUCCCGCCCUUCUCGGCCGCUGCCACCUCCCCGCCGUUACCUGGGCAACGGCGCGGGGGCGCACGGGUCGGGAGGAGCUGCGCCGAAAGGCCUUGUGGGGGUUGGUGCUAGCGCGGCUUCCCGGCGCUCGUGGAAUCUUCUGGAGCCCUUUUCUCCACUUAGCGAGCCUGAGAGUGCGGAAGUCUCCGGCUGGUGGGGCAUGGCCCAGGAGCAGUGCAAGUCCUAGGGUUCCCAAACCUGUGGGGUGGCCGCCUUGGCCCGCGAGGGCGGGAAGGACUCGGGUACAGUGACCCAGCGGGAGCUGUGUGUGAACGGGAAAGCUCUUGGAACAGCCUUGCCCCCCCUCCCACCCUCCUACGGGUGCCUCUUUCUCUUUCUGGGAACGCGGUGAGCAAAAAAUGCUUGAGCCAGGUGGGUCUAGUCCCCAGACCAAUAGCAUAGGCCUUGGGUCUUGCUGUUUUUCACGCGUGGUCCAAGGCGGCAUAAUUAAUCAAAUUGUGAAGUUGUUAGGGCUCUUUGUGCAAGUCUAGGCCCCUAGACACAUGUUUUUUGCCCUGGACCUCGCUGAUUCCUGCAGAUUGAGCGCAGUGUGUCUGGGAGUGAGCUAAGCAGUGAAACGUUUGGACCGUCUUUGAUUCACAGAGGGCCGUGGACUCCUCUGGUCAGGUUUUCACCCAGUUUGGCUACAGAGUAGCAGCAAGAGUGUCUAACUAAAACAAUUGGUUUAAUUAUUUGACCUAACUUUUAAAUCCUACGGGUCAGGGAACCUGGAUGUACAAUCUGCAACGUGAGACCUCGGACUUGAAAAUGGUACCACGGGGACUUAAUGGGAGUUGGGGUCCGCUUCUUUAUCCAGGGACACAGCAGUUUAAAAAGAAAAGGAGUCAGAGCCGCGGCGGUCAUGCGGGACGUGGAUGCAGACGCAGGCGGAGGCGCCAACUGCGGGGAUGGCCAGGGUGAUCACAGCUGCCCCGGGGGCGCGGACACCCCGGCAGCUCCGGCCAGCAGAGCUCCCCUACCGCACGCGUCAGGUCCUGGCAGAGACGCGGCGUCUGUGGCCAGGGGGCCAGGAAUGCGGCCGCACAUAUUCACCCUCAGCGUGCCUUUCCCGACCCCCUUAGAGGCAGAAAUUGCCCAUGGGUCCCUGGCUCCAGAUGCCGAGCCUCACCAAAGGGUGGUUGGGAAGGAUCUCACAGUGAGCGGCAGGAUCCUGGCCGUCCGCUGGAAAGCUGAAGACUGUCGCCUGCUCCGAAUUUCCGUUAUCAACUUUCUCGACCAUCUUUCUCUGGUGGUGCGGACCCUGCAGCACUUUGGGCCCCCAGUUUCCCGCUAAACCUGGCCUGGGAAAAUGUGGCGAGGUCUAACCUUGCGUCUCCUCCUAGGCAGUGCAUCCAUCCUCCCUAGGGCAGGGAAUUCCCACAGUUGCUACUUUCCUGGGAGGGCCUCAUGGUCGGCCUGUACUGCCUUUGUGUGCUCAGGGGCCCCUUGUUUUCUCUGGUUCUUAAAUGUUUGUUACCACAGAAAAUAAAACUGAGCUACUAUUAAAAAGAAAAAAAUUUUUAUUGGCACAAAGUGGAAAGUAAAUCCUAACAAAUGCUAUGUUUUAUGUUUGUAUAAAUUAAUAUAAAUUUCUUGGAAUAUUUAGUUUUUAAUUAACUGGAGCCAGAUUUUUAUUUAUUUAUUUAUGUAGUUUUUGAGUAGCACCAAUUUGUUGUGGUUCUUCUCUUCUGACUAUGUACAAUUUCAGUCUUUUUAUGAACUCUCUCCUUCAUUCCUAUCCCCACUCGCCACCCCUCAUUUUUUAAACUGAACUUUUUAUUUAAGAAUAGUUUUAGAUUUGCGGAAAAGUUGUCAGGAUAGUAGAGUUCCCAUUAUUCUGCACUCAGUCUUACCUGUUGUUAAAAUUUACAUUAAAAUGGUACAGUUCCCACAA